CGUGAAUUCUGAGUGCCCAUUCCCCUUCCCCAUCACAGCGGCGAGCGCACUUUUCCUUCCAAAUUUCACUUGUCUCGAGGGAAUCCACGGUCAUCUCCAUGGAGCCUGGUUCGGAUCCUCCCAGUAGCCAGAGGCUUAGAACUGUCCAGUAUUGGUACGCAGGGACUCGAUCCCUGCAUGAUAAUGUUGGGAAUCGGCACAAAUGUGUCGCGUGCUACAAGCAGUUCAAUAGAAAAGAACACCUCGUUGAACACAUGAAGAUUGCUUACCACUCAGUUCAUCAGCCUAGGUGUGGUGUUUGUCUGAAGCACUGUAAAUCAUUGGAGUCUGUUAGGGAACACCUUAAUGGCCCUCUAGCUAAGGGGAACUGUGCCUCCAUUUUCUCUGAACGAGGCUGCAGUCUUUGUCUCAGAGUCUUUGAAGAAGCCAGUGCCUUGGCAGAGCAUAAACAUAAAUGUCGCUUGUCUGCACCUGUUCCAAUUGGAACAACUUGUAUAGGACCUUGGGCAGAUGGUUCUAGAUCACAUAAUAAUUGCUCAACCAGCAGAGGCCCUAAGGCAGUGGCAGUUGACUGCGAAAUGGUUGGUGGCGGAGAUGACGGGUCAAUUGACCUGUGCGCAAGGGUAUGCAUUGUUGAUGAAGAGGAGAAUGUGAUCCUUGACACUUUUGUUCAACCACAAAUCCCCGUUACCAAUUACAGGCACGAGGUAACUGGAUUGACCAAAAAUGAUUUGAAGGAUGGUAUGCCGUUUAGGAAUGUCCAAGAAAAAUUUUUGUCAAUCUUGUAUGACGGACAUUAUGUUCGAAGGCCUCUUCUUGUCGGUCAUGGCUUAAAGUACGAUUUGGAUUGCUUGAGAAUUAGUUAUCCCGGCCACCUGCUGAGAGACACUGCGAAAUACCAGCCAUUGAUGAAAACAAAUAUCAGCAGCCAAUCCCUCAAGUAUCUAACCAAGUCGUAUCUCGGGUACAAAAUUCAAUCAGGGAAACAUUGCCCUUAUGAGGACUGUGUAUCUGCAAUGAGACUGUACAAGAAAAUGCGUGAUCAAGAUCAUCGUUUUGCGGGAAAGCUAGACACAGCGAAGCCUGGAAAUGGGUUGAACUUGUGGAAACAGGGGGACCUAGAGAAGAUGACCCCGGAAGAGCUGUACGAGAUCUCGAGAUCAGAAUACUGGUGCUGGUGCCUGGACAGGGUCAUCGAGCAGUGAAGUCUUAAGCCUGUCCGAGGUGGGAUAAUUUUGAUGGAAAGACAGAAAUGCAGGUGCUAUGAGAGUGUUGGUGUUGGGAUGAUCAUGUUCAUCUUUUGUUGUACGUAGAUCAUCUAUCGGGUAAAUAUCUUAGGUUUUAGAACUCUUCACUCUUUUGUCCGUACCUUUUGAGGAUGCGUCUCAAAGUCUUGGUCUUCUUCUUAUACGAGGUAAGUGUUUCUCCGUA